AUGCCGCCGCUUCCGAGCCGGAAAUCCCUCGAGGCUAUGAAGAGGGUCGACCUCCAGAAAAUCUGCAAGGAUUAUGGAGUCAAGGCAAACCUCAAAUCUGAAGCACUAAUCGAUCUCUUACUUGAUACCCAAUCCACCCCAGCCCCUCCACCUCAGCCUACACGGAGAUCGGUUUCAACUCGACUGUCUAGUCGAGCAGGACCGAGCAGAGUUUCAUCCAUGAUCGUGCACGACAUCAGUGAAGGGGAUGAAGAGGAUAGGUCCCUGGAAGAUGUUCAGGGGUCAGAAGCGGGGCCGGAAAAACCGCCGUCACCGCCUCCAGAACCUCCUCGCACUCGGAAGAAAGCAAAGGAACUCCAGACCCGGCUAGGUGUUGGGAAGCCAGUGAUUGCGGGAGGUAGCGGCCCACGCGCUGUGACACGAUCUUCAGGGAGCUCAAGAGGGAAGCGGGCCAAGUCUAGUCGGUCUAUGAAACCCAGAGAGGCUACGAUUGAGGAAGAGCCAGAACCACCGACUGCCCCUCUUCAAGGUUCUUCGAUCAUGCCGGAUUUACAGGAGGCAGAGAGCAUGGUCUUUCAGCAACUCCAUCCUCUCGUCGAGACGUUACCCCCUGUCGGCAACGUCAAUCUGUACGAAGAUGCCAGAAAGCUCGUCGACGAUGCUAUUCGACCUCUUCAAGAGCAAAUUCAGGCUCUUAAAUCUGAAUUGUCCGAGUCGCAUACCAUCAAAUCAGAGAUUGCAGCUCUCAAAAGUCUGUUGGCCGACUUCACGAAGACCCAAACCGAUAUGCGGACGCAAUUACAACAAUUAAGCGAAUUCCCAAGCAUUGUUCUGGCUUUGAAAGAUGAAAUAAGACAGCUCAGGGAAGCCACUCGCACACCAUCUCAACCUUCCACCCCGAAAGCUGGACCAUCACGUAAAGGCCUCGUCGGUCUUGGUCCCCCACCAGUCAAGCUUAUGGCAGCUGCCUCCCAUGAAGCCGGCUCUAGCUCUCAGCCUCGGCCCAAUCCUACCUUUCCCCAUCCAGGAGUGGCGGAAAGCACUCUAGGCAAACGUCACAGAGAUUCAACUUCAAGUGUUAUCACGGGCGUCAUAGAAGAAGGAGAAGAGGGUGAUUACACUGAAGUAGAUUUGGCGAAGCAGGCUGUUCGUCCAACCAAGAAACGACCGAAAUUAUCGACAGACGACAACGGCAAGCAAGGCACUGCACAGCGGAGUAUGCCUGAACCGAAUGCCCCUGUGGCUUCGUCGUCGAAACAAGCAGUGCCGCCUUUCACUGUGUUCAGAGGGUCGGAAGAACCUUCGGACUACAUAGAUCCUCCACCGCCGACUGAGCAUCUUCCUGACUUCUUCGAACCCGACGCAGUUCCGUCGACCAGUCAGGGAUCAAGAUUCGUACCAAACGUAGCGACCAGUUCUGCUAAUGCAGAGGAGAACCAGCCAUUCAACUUCGCGUUUGCACCGAUAGCGUCAACACCGAGUGCAAUGUAUCUCCCAACCUUCCCAUAUCCGGAUCCUCCGCAGUCUCCAUCGCCGGCUGGACCGAGCCAACCAAUGUUCUCAAGCAGGCAUCAAGAUGAGCGUACGGAUAUCUUCAAAACGUUCGGUCUUCCUUCACCUGUACGAUCAACCCGUCAUUAUGGUGCUCUCACACAGGACGAACGCGGGGUCAACCCGGCUGCUUUGACUCAGGGAUCGUCGUCGAGCAAACGGGAUAUCACCAGCAACGACGUUGCUAUUGGUCUGGGGUUGACGGCUGUCCGCACCGCCUCCUCGACUGAACCACCAUCUCUAGGUACAGACCAACCUACAAUCAAACGGACAAUGUUUGGAACUGAACUCGAGGCCGAUACUCGAUUUGGUGACUUUGGCGUGGAAGGAGUUGCCUCCGGAUUUUGGUCAACAAAAUUUUGA